AAGUGCCUCCUCCACACCCCCAGUAGACCAGUAUAACGUGCCUUAGAUGAUAUACACUUGAUCAAAGUGACGAUAUGCUGCUUGCUUCUUGCUUGCUGAUCCUGUCGCUAUCUUUUGCGACAACUUCGACUCUUGUUGUGACGAGGGCUAAGGUGAAAGGUCCAGGAUACACCAUCCUCGCAAAGAAUGGAAAAGCCUGCGCCUCUCUCUGCAAAUCCCAGCCCGCUUGUGAUUCUGCUAACUUCAAUAAGGAAACAAACAAAUGCAGAAUUUUUUCAAGGUGCAGCCCAUCUUUGAUUGUUUACAAUUCGACAUCGCAUCUGCACUUCUCCAAGAGACCUUUGAUUACCGAGAACGGAUACAGAUACCAUGAAGAGAGCGACUCCUGCUUAAAGCUGGUAGAGGAAUUGACGGAUUACGCGGGGGCAGAAGCUCUCUGCCGGAGUAAGAAUGGAAGGUUGGUAGCCCUGACAGACAAGAGAAUUAACAGCCUUGCGGCGGAAAUGCUGAGUGGAUCGCAGUCCCAAUUCGCUUGGGUAGGAGCUACCGACAGUAGAUGGGAAGGAAAUCCUCUCCUCUCUGAUGGUAGAAGGGUUUCGGAGACGGGGUGGUUUCCAGCUGGGUCCCAGGAGAUGAGGAAGGACCCGAGGAGGAACUGCUGGUCCCUGUCCGACGAAGGAACCUGGGCCGAGCACCCUUGUAAGGGAAGGACGCAGUUCAGCAUUUGCCAAAUCACAACCUUCGAUAAUUCAUAGAUUAUCCUUCAUAAAAUAUUUGUCGUCCAAAUUCGAUAGUUAAUGAAGUAAAUCUUCGUAAUUACACUCGAUACAACUAUCAAAUAUUCAAUUGGGUUGUACGAAUUUGUAGAUAUUGUAAAUAUAAUUAUCAUAAGUAAAUGAACUGUCAGCUAGUUUUUAAGGACGUAAGUUUUAGAACUUGUGGGAGAAUAUGUCUCUAGAUUUUAUCUCAAAACAUUAUUACUGACCAAAGUCAUGAUAUUUCUAAUUAUCAAUAAACAAAAGAUAAAUAUAUUUAGUAAAGAAAAAGUGAAAUGGAUCAAGGGAAGAAACGUGGAACCUACUUAACAUGACAAUUCUAGCUCUCUUAUUUUUCCUUUAAAAAUUGUAUCAGUUUAUCAAAUCCUGACAUGGAUCUCCCACAAUUCUAUGGCGUAUCAAGCAGUAUUAUAAGGUGAUAAUAGAAUAAUUCGUGUAUUUAACGUGAAAUGCUUUUACAAAAACAAUUAUUUAUGUAUACAAACGUUAAGCUUUAUAUAGUAUACCGGUGUUCAUUUUUAAAUGAAUCAUGUCAAAAUCGAUCACUACCAGACGAAAACUUUAAUGACUCAUUAUCAAUGUCUACUAAAUAUGUAUUUUUACAAGAAAAAAAUACUUUUCUAAAAUUGAAAAUUUAUUUCAUAAUUAAUAAUUAAAAAUGAUAACAGUCUGACAAGUUUUAUGAUAUUAAAUAUCAUGGAGUUUUCGUGUGGUAGUGAAUAUCAUCGCCGACUAAGUAGGAAAGAUAUUAAAAUAUUUUAUCAUUACAUAACAAAUGUUCAACAAUAACCAUCAAAAUAUGUUUAUGGUUAAAUGGUUACAAAGGAAAAGUACUUACCCCAAAAAAUGAUGUUAAAGGACAUGUGUUAUGUAAGAUUAAACAAGAAAUAGUAUUAAAUAAAGUUUUUAGAUUAGUUGUUUUGUGUAUUUGUAUUUUUUUGUAAUCAGUAAGUAAAGCGCAUUGAUAUAUCAA